UCCCUCCCUUUAAACUUCCCUUCAUUCUUACCCAGAGGAAAAAGCAACCCUUAGGAGUUAGAUAGCAUGAGGAUUACAGUAGGCUCGAAUAAGGAGUGAUGCCUUGAGAUUACUCAUGAGUCAAGCUGUCUAAAAAAAGCCCAGCACUAAGAAAGUGUCUAUCCGAGAGUAAGUAGAGACUCGACUAUAACCGCUUUGAGCACAAUGACUACGCUGUAUCCGACAUUCCUGCUUUUCACAGUUAGUAUGGCUUCACUGCAGUCACAGAGGUCUUUACGGAGUAAAAGGGGUUUGCUUGAACUUGCUGGAGUUAUUAAGUGCAGCACUGGAAGAUCAGCUUUAGCAUAUUUGAUGUACGGAUGUUACUGUGGCCUUGGGGGUCAAGGGUGGCCCAGGGACAGAGCAGACUGGUGCUGUCACAAGCAUGACUGCUGUUAUGGGGAUGCAGAAUUUGCAGGCUGUCAAACAAAGACACUGCAGUAUCAGUGGACAUGUGACGAUGAGGUGGCUGACUGUGACUCCCUUAAUGACAGAUGUGCGAAAAUCCUCUGCCGAUGUGACAGGGAAGCAGCCAGAUGCCUAAGAAAAGCCCCAUUCAACAGAAAAUAUGCUCUGUGGCCAGAUUUCCUCUGUGGAUGUGUACAUCCAACCUGCAAUAUUUACUAAUUUCAGUACGGUAUAUUUGAAAGAUCUUUUAGAAAAUCUCAAAAGUUGAAUAUCUGAUGUAAAUUACAGUAUAUGUUGAUUAUUGACCUUUAUAUUGUUACAAAGAUUUCCAUUUCCUUUUGUAUUUUACAUUUGCAUAGUUGACCUGUUGCUAAAAUAUGUAUAAAUGAAUCACUAUUUGUUCAUAUUAGAGGCCUCAUCCUUUUGAUUUGGCUUAAUUUCAGAUGUGGUAUUAAUCACAAGCUUCCAAAGUGUGAAUUCUAUCCAACUAAGUAUUGUAUGAGUACAAUCAUAUUUUUAUUAGAGCUCUUGAGAAAACAAGCAAACAUAAACAAACCACACUUCCAUUAAGGCAAGUAAUUCCACUAUUAUUAUGCAGGCAUUUUCAAAUGUGCUCUUAUGACAGAGAUAUUGUUCAUGAAAGUAACUGUAUGGGAUAUGUUACAGUAUACUGCAUGUAUACUUUAUUAUGAAAUGUAUCUGUAACUGUCACACUGUUGAAGUUGUCACAUGUAUGUUUUAUAUCUAAUACAUUUUUACAGUAUAUCAAUUAUAAUUUUUGUUGGCUAAAACAAUGGUUGAUAUUUUUGCACCUUACCUUUUCCAUGUUUUAUGUUCCAUGAAUCGUUAUGUGCUUCAUAGUUUUACGAUAAAAUUGUAAUGCAGGCAUAGAUUUAAAGUGCCCCCCUUUAAAGUAUGUG